CGAGGCUUCGGAGGCGGGGCCCGGCGGGCGGUGCCACGGGGCUUGAAAAGCGGGCUCUGGGGCUUUGAUCCGGAGUGGCUGCCGCGGCUCUGGCUGUCCAGGCUGUGGGUGUCUGAUCCCGGCCGCAGUCGGCGUUCAGGGGGCGUGCCUCUGGAUCGAGCUAUGGUGGAAGAUGUUUCGGAAAGGGAAAAAGCGACACAGCAGUAGCAGCUCCCAGAGUAGUGAAAUCAGUACUAAGAGCAAGUCUGUAGACUCCAGCCUUGGGGGGCUUUCUCGAUCCAGCACCGUGGCAAGCCUCGAUACCGAUUCCACCAAGAGCUCAGGUCAAAGCAACAGUAAUUCGGAUACCUGUGCAGAAUUUCGAAUAAAAUAUGUUGGCGCCAUUGAGAAACUGAAACUCUCCGAGGGAAAAAGUCUCGAAGGGCCACUAGACCUGAUAAAUUAUAUAGAUGUUGCCCAGCAAGAUGGAAAGUUGCCUUUUGUUCCUCUGGAGGAAGAAUUUAUUAUGGGAGUUUCCAAGUAUGGUAUAAAAGUAUCCACGUCAGAUCAGUAUGAUGUUUUGCAUCGGCAUGCUCUAUAUUUAAUCAUCCGGAUGGUGUGUUACGAUGAUGGUCUGGGGGCAGGAAAAAGCUUAUUGGCUCUGAAGACCACAGAUGCGAGCAAUGAAGAAUACAACCUGUGGGUUUACCAGUGCCACAGCCUGGAACAGGCACAAGCAAUCUGCAAAGUUUUAUCCACUGCAUUUGACUCUGUAUUGACAUCUGAGAAACCCUGAAUUCUGCAAUCAAGGGGAAGUAGACUUCAUGUGCAAGUUCAGCUGUUUUCUCAAUAGUUCUGUUUUCAGUCUGCGGUGGUGUUGAACUAUUUUGGAAAUAUGAGCGAUCCUUUGCUCUAGAUUUUCUGAAGAAACGCAAUAUAUAAAAUAUCAGUCGUUUGUUUUUCUAUUAAAAUGUGUCUUAUUUAACAGCGAGUUAACUCUCAAUGAAGUUACCUACUUACUAGGACUAAAAGAGCAACGUCCCUUGUCGCUUUUAAACACAAAUGAGCUUAAUAACCUUUAUGUGUCUCAGAAGUGCCCUCGGUGAUGAAUGAACAUGGAGAACUUUCUGAGGACGACCAAGGCCGUCUGUCCUGCAGCACUGGCUGGGACGCGCUGGUUUCAAACGGUGACACUGCCAGCUCAAGUCACAAAGAGGAAAACUUAAGAAGUGUACUGUCAGGAUGACAUGCUGGUAAACCACAAUAAUCAUCUUCAGGGUAAUUGGAAGUAGUAAAACCUUCAAAGAUUACUGCUCAUGUUAAAAGUCACACACUGUAAAGAAUCUCAUGUUCAGUAGGCUAGUGUAUUUUUUAAAGGACUGUUUUUAUAUAUAGUGCUUUACUAAAGAUUAAAAACAUGAAAAACA